AUGGGUAAGGGUAGUCUUGACUUCUCAACAAAGACCAUCCACAGAGAUUUAAUCAAUGAAUUCAUUGACUUCAUGAAGUCAAUGGGUGUCAAUCCCCAAACAAGUCACAAUUACCUGAAGUCUCUGAAUCAUUUGAUUUCGUAUUAUGUAAAUGCAUCAGAGCUUUACGUCGAAGACCGGGAAGAACGAAAAAGACUGAAAGCCGAAAGAAACUUGAUCGACGAAAUUCUCAAGGUGGGUGUCUCAAAGGACGCACGCGUCCGGUACAGGCUGAAAAUCCUUACUGCCCCUCCGCCAUUACAACCAGCGCAGAUUGCUGAACGUGUGAACAUACUUCGAGCCACUGCAGUAAAGGAAAUGGAUGAAAUAGAAAAAGUUAAGGCAUUAAAGAUGGAUAACAUAGCUUUACUUAACAGGUACAUAGCUUUUGAGAUCUGUUUGCGUCAAGGACAUCGGCCAGGAGUAGUAAUGAACUGGAAAAUUCAGACCUACAUUUCAGCACUCGAGAAACCACAGAACAACCCAGUGUUUAGAGGCGAGAAGAUGCUUGUCCCAGUGCAUGAACAUAAGACCGCUGAUAAAUACCUUGCCAGGAUUGUUAUGGAUACUUUCCUGCAAUCAUUUUUGGAGAAGUACCUGCGACUGGUGAGGGGCGAGAUUGUUAGAAAAACCAGGACCACGAGUGAUAAUGUCCUGCUGCAGAGUAAGGGAGAAGCUUUCUUGAAAGUCGGAGAUGGAAUUAAUGACCUACAAAAGAAGCACGGUUUUAAGACGACUUUUAUAACAACAUCGGAUGCUAGAAGGUCGCAUGAAUCCUUCAACCAAGCAAAUACGAGUGAACAAGCUAAAAACAUUUCAGACUUCAUGUGCCAUUCGGAGGACACGAGAGACAGGUGUUACAGGUUUGCCAACUGUGAAUCUGCCUGUCAGGCCCUCUACGACAUAUACAACCCCGCACAAUCGCUGUCUAACCAUGCCACGGCAGGAGCAGGCAAUGCCUACAGAGAGGAGGGCCCAAGGGAGGUAAGUGAGACAGCCACAGUUGGUGCAGAAAAAGAGAAAGGACCAACGUCACAAAAGGUAAGAAGGAAAGACACAACAGAUAAACCUGGAGAAGAAGCAGUAACUCGAGAUAAAGGUACCAUAGAAAGUCCCAGCCCAAGCAAAAGGACAUCAACUAGGGAACCAGGGUCAAUUGGGAAAACAAGAGUGAAGGCGGCGCUGACCCGACAAUAUGGAGACCUUGCGGAUGCAACAAUUCCCAAACCGUCCGAGUUGAGCAAAUAUGGCAUAAAGAAAAGCAACAGAGAAAAAAUAGCCAGGGAUCUUCGCUAUGAGGUAAGGAUUCACGAAGAUGCUGCGCGAUAUUUGUUGAAAAGGGAGGCAAGGGCUGCUAAAGUGGACAUAAAGGACCUAAAAACACAUGUUCCAAGAGCUUAUAAUGUUCCUGAAAACAUUUCAAGAGGUAAGAAAUUAGAAAAUGAUUUGUUGAAAAGGAAAAUGGAAGGGUUUUGGAAUAUUGAGAGAUCAAGGCCCAGUCCAACUGACGAGGACAUAGUUAGACUGAUAGAAACCCAGGAGUGGCCCAAUAUAAUGGUAAGGAAUGUAGAAGAGCUAGGUAAGGGAGUAUUCACCAUGGAAAGGGAUUUUGAGAGGGGUGAUGUUGUGUGCGACUACCAUGGGGAUCAUAUUUCGGCUUCCGAAGGAGAAAAAAGAAUGAAAACAUAUGGAGAUGACCCAGCUGGGAACUAUUUUUUAUUUUAUAAGAAUGCGGAAGGCUCGAAAAAGUGCUGUGAUGCCUCCAAGUUACCCUGUAAAUGCCACCCGAAUCUUGAAUCAACAAAAGGACGGUUGAUCGACCAUUCAGCCACUAAUCCAAACUUAAAUUCAAAGGUAAGAAAACUAAAUGGCGAAACUGUAGUGUUACUGGUUGCCCAAGAACGAAUUCCUCCAUUCACACAACUUUGGCAUGAUUAUGGUGUGCGGAAAUCUGAAUCGGGGGAAAUUAUUGAUUGGUUAAAUAAAUAG